AUAAAAAAAGAAAUUGGAAAAAUAAAAAAAUGAAGUAAGAAAAAGGAGAAAUUAAUGGCAGACGGCGUUAGGACAAAGAAAAAGAGAACGCCUUUCUAGGGUUUGGUUUAUGAACGCUCCGCCGUAAGAAUUGUCCUCCGCCGCCGCGUUUUCCCGUCGAUUCAGAACAGAAGGAUUAUUGCUUUUGCCAAUCUGUAUCAAUAUCCGUUUGAUUAUCCUUGUAAUUUCGUGUAAAAACCAUUCAAGGUUUCAGCUUCUUCCCUCGUUCUUUAGGGUUUAGAUUUGAUUUGGGGUUGGGAUGAGUAGUCCGUUCAGUGAAGAGAUACUGAUUGAUAACCUCGCUAAGCUCAACAGCACUCAACAAUCCAUCCAAAGUAUCCUUUUUAUUAUUAUUCGAAUUCAUUGCCUCAAUUGAAUACAUCUCUGUGUUUUGGAUUAGCUCAUUCACAUUGGUGUGUCUUCAUUUGAUUGAACCUCUUACUGUAUGCUUAAAUGUGUUUGCUUUUGUAUAUUGCAAUCCUGAUUGUUUGGUCCUUGACCAUUUGUUUUGUUGGGAUAAGCUUUGUCACAGUGGUGUAUAGUCCAUCGUAGUGAAGCUGAGCUGGUUGUUACGACAUGGGAGAAACAGUUUCACAGUACACAGAUAGGUCAGAAAGUGCCUCUCUUGUACCUUGCUAAUGACAUUCUUCAGAACAGCAAGCGUCAGGGUAAUGAGUUUGUGCAAGAGUUCUGGAAAGUUCUCCCUGGUGCUCUCAAAGAUAUUGUUUCCUUGGGAGAUGACUAUGGAAAAGGCGUGGUUUCGCGAUUGGUUAAUAUAUGGGAAGAGAGAAGAGUCUUUGGAUCCCGUUCAAAGAGUCUUAAAGAUGUAAUGCUCUCAGAAGAAGCUCCACCACCACUUGAUGUCAGUAAAAAGCGAUUUCGGGGAUCUAAAUCUGCAAAACGAGAUUCAAAAUCUACCAAAACGAAAUUAUCAAGUGGAGGUGUGUCCGAGAAGAUAGUAUCUGCAUUCAAUUUGGUUCGUGCAGAGAACUCAAAUGAAGAGACAGAGAUGAACAAAUGCAAGUCUGCCGUUAGACGUAUCAGAAAGAUGGAGAAAGAUGUUGAAGAUGCUUGCUCCACUGCAAAAGACCCGAGGAAAGAAUCAUUGGCAAAAGAAUUGGAAGAGGAAGAAAACAUUCUGAGACAAUCUGUUGAGAAACUUAAAUCUGUUGAAGAAAGUAGGACAUCUCUCGUAAAUCAUCUUAGGGAAGCGCUACGGGAACAGGAAUCUGAAUUGGAGAAUCUUCAAUCUCAGAUACAGGUAGCACAAGAACAAACCGAAGAAGCCCAAAACAUGCAGAAACGGCUCAAUAACGAAACACCGGUUAACAAUAACAACGGAACAUCUGGUCAAUCAGCGAAAAUCACUCCUGCCUCAAUCGCUGCAAUGGCGGAAAUGCUAACCUCAUCAACAAACUCAUCAAUGAUUAUGCAUUCUGUCCUCUCUUCAUUUGCAGCCGAAGCUACACAAACUUCUGGUCUAACCAAAUCAAACACCUCAGACACAAAUGCAUUUGUUGUUCCUCCAAAUCCUCAGCAGUAUCACAUAAUACCAAAUCCAGCCGCAUCACAACAGUUUCCUUAUGGAUUUGGUAACAUUCCAUUAAUGCCACCUGGAGCACUGCCGCCACCGCCGCCUGGAACGUUGCCGCCGCAUAUGAUGAAUAAUAACAACCAACCAAAUGCAGCUCAGCAACAAGCGCAACAAGGUCAGAGUUUUCAUCCACCGGGUAUGAUGUAUUUUGGACCUCCACACCAUUCUUAAGGUUAGUAAAAACAAACCAAAAAAUCCAAUUAGUUCUAGUAUUAGAUAGUUUCUGACCCACUUUAUUUUAUUUCAUGUAACGCAUAUUGUAGAAAGUAGAAACGAGAUCUUUUGUCUUACAAAUCUUGUACCUUGAGCUGUUUAGUCAAUUUUUCUUCUUUGUAACAUAGUUAGACUUCUAUUGUGUAUCUGCGUUACAUUUAUAUCUAGUAUGCGUUUGUUUCA